AUGGGUAAGGCCAAGAAGACCAGAAAGUUCGCCCAGGUCAAGCGAGUUCUUGCGAAGAAUGAUCCAAGAAAGAAGGAAAACGUCGAGAAAGUGACCAAACCGGCGGAAAAAGAACUGGUUAAAGACGUUCCUCAGGUCUCUUCUGCCCUUUUCUUCCAAUAUAACGAGGCAAUCAAACCACCGUACCAGGUGUUGGUGGAUACCAACUUCUUCAACUUCAGCAUCCAGAAAAAAAUCGAUAUUGUGCGCGGCAUGAUGGACUGUCUAUAUGCCAAAUGUAUCCCUAUAGUCACCGACUGUGUCAUGGCGGAGCUCGAGAAAUUGGGCCACAGAUACAGAAUCGCUCUCACGCUUGCCAAAGACCCUCGAAUCAAACGCCUAACGUGCUCGCACAAGGGAACCUACGCGGACGACUGCAUUGUGCACCGGAUCAUGCAGCACAAAUGCUACAUCGUGGCCACAAACGACGCAGACCUCAAACGACGCAUACGUAAGGUCCCUGGUGUGCCGAUCAUGAGCGUUGGUAGCCAUUCGUACGUGAUCGAGCGGCUUCCAGACGUAUUCUAA